UAAUGUAUGUACAACAAAUGACUUUGUUGUCUGCCUGUCAGUCAUCCAAGUUCCGUUUAUCUGUAUCUAAACGAAACGCAAUACAAAUGCCCAUACUUCGCCAACCACCUCAAUCUAUCAGUUUGUUAUAAUUUAUUGGUACUUAUUGUAACGCCAGAAGCUGUUCACGGCUACGAUAUCAGCAAUACUAUCGGUAUUCGUAGUAAACUGUGCACCAUCAGCCAAUCAGUAUCAACACCGGAUCGGUAGCAGGGCAUAGUGGAGCGAAACUCGCGAAUUGGUCUGAUUAUGGUGUUGGUAUUAAAUAUUCGAGUGGACAAAAUAAUAUAUCGGGUUUUCGGUUAACUUCGGCAAAACCAUCAAAUCAGUUGCCGCGCUGCUUACGAAUCGGUUAGUUCCAGCCACCCAGCAGAUAAACUCGUAAAGGAAGCAAGUGAUAUAUGUAGUGUGAACAACAAUUAGUCAACAACGAAACAAGGUAAAAAAAACCUGACCAGAGGUGAACAUGAGCAACAUAAACAGUAUCGGAGGUAGCAACAUCAGCAGUGGCGGUGGCGGUUCCGGUGGAAGCUGUAACAGCAGCAAAUAUAGCAAGAAGAAUUCGGUAACCUUCAGCGAGCAAGUCGACAUUGAUUCCGACGACAGAUCUGCAUUGAAAGAGAAACAACAGCAGCAACUUCUUCUCGUUCCGAAAUCAGAUGGAGAACCUAUUCAACUGAUUCCGAAAGCUGCUACAUUCUCCACCAUGCCCGUUAAAUAUAACCACCAUGGAUCGACAUCUCUGUUGGAUCAAAUACCUGAAGAUUCACACCCGGAAAAGAAACCAGCUUCCACAUCACAUACGAAUGGUUCCACACCGAGAAGGCCUUCGAUAGUAGUACAAGACAUCCUGUCUACACACCGGCCAUCGGCCAUCAUGUCCGCUCUACGCAGAGGGUCGAUGGCAUGGCUUCCGGGUAGAAGUAAAUCGACUCACCACGGACAAGACAAUGAGUCCAAUAUGGGCAGCAAGGCAUCACUCAGUCAGAUUCCCCAUGGAUCUGGCGCACACAGUGAACUAGCCAUGGAGUCUCGGCGGAAAAAUCGGCGUAUCGGAGACGACGCUUUGAGCACGGCCCUGUCAGCCCUGUACGCCAAGGUUAUAGUGAUUCUUGGAAUAGCACUCCCCGUAACGGAGAUUUUGUCCUCUCAAAUUCCCGCCAACGUUUAUCAGGGGUUCUACUUGUACCUCUACACCGUGAGCAUUUUAUUCGUCAUCUUCGUCUACGCGUCCAACAUGCGAAGAAGGGCGGUUAUGACCCUGAUCAAAACUUAUCAUGAGAAAACGAAUGCAUAUCCAACGAAGAAACGUGUCCCGCACUUUGGGAGCUUCUACCUGCGUGUUGGAGCGAUCGCUUUCGGUAUCGGAACCAUGGUAUAUUCGGGACUUGAGUUCGGACAGUACUUCGAACUGAAUGCUUCGCCGGGCUGUUCGAGCAUUUACGUGGCCCUGACGCCGGCGGCUCGCAUGAUUCUGUCCAUUGUGCAGAUGCAGUUCAUCUUUCUGAACACCUCGGAGUUGGACAUGGCCCGCCACAAGGUGUUUUCCCGGUUCGGCCUGAUGCACAUGAUUGCAACGAAUCUCUGCGAAUGGUUGUACAUACUGGUGGAGGAAACGAAGCACGAAAUUCAUCACCUGGCACACAUACACAACCAUGAUGAUGUUGUAUCGGCUAUCAUCAAUACGACCAGCACGACCAUUGCUGCCGCAACCUCAUCCAUCGACAGCAGUGAAGAAGACUACAGCUUUCAAUUGGACGCCGCUGUUCAGAAUCGCUCCAAACGUGUCGUUAGCCAUGAUGCCGCUGAAUACAUCGAAUGUCAACGAACCAAUAUCAUGGGUACGCUAGUGCAGAAUGCAUCGCCGUUCCUCUUUCCAUGCACCAUCGAAUACUCGCUCAUUUGCGCAGUAAUCUUGUAUGAAAUGUGGAAAAAGGUGAAAACCAUUGCCGAAAUCGACCGAACGCGCAGAAACUCCCAAAAAGUGCACACUGUAGCUCAUACGAAGAGCGCUCAUCACUUCUCGGUAGACUGUUCGCGAGCUCACCGUGGAAUGUUCGGAGGAAUCAUCAUCACCGUUAUGACCAUAAUAUGUUUGAUAAUGUACUUUGUCCUUCACGACGAACCUGGCUAUGAGUACUUUGCCCUGCAGGAAGUGACCAUUGCCGAGACAGUGCUGUAUUCGAUCACGGCAGCUGGUGUAGUGUUAGCUAUGAUCAGAAUGCGAGAUCUGAAAUUCUGCAAAAAGCACAACGAUAAGCAUGCAAGUUCUGUAAGUCUAGAUUGCACUCUCCUGGUAUUAGCGCAAACGGGAGUCUACGUCUACGGCAUGUUCAGUAUCGUGGGAAGCUACUUCGCGAUACAGAAAGGCAUCUACGGAGCGCAGGAAGGGCUCAUAGCGGAAGUAUUCAGUUUGGUGCAAACAUCCAUGCAGACCCUUUUCAUUCUGAACGCGGUUUGGCGCAAAUGUCGAGGUUCUCAACAGAAUCGCACAAAACCCGGUCGCGAGAUUGUCACAUUUCUGCUGGUGGCCAACAUGGCCAUGUGGUUCAUCAACACGCUGGUGAAGGGAAGAGCGAGUUUCCGGCCAACCCAUCUGGACUUCUUCGGAACGUGGGCGUGGACCGUCAUAACCCAUGUGUCAAUGCCGUUGGCAAUCUUUUACCGCUUCCACUCAACGAUUUGUCUUUUUGAAAUAUGGAAAUCUACGUACAAAGUUAAGAGUGGUGAACAUCAUUAGACUUGUAUUUUAUAU